GCCGCCGCCGCCGCCGCUGCCGCGGCCGCCGCCGCCGUCAGCCGCCAUUUUCCCAGAGCGAGAGGCAGUGACACUGAGCGGGCGUAGGGGGCCGAGUCGGAGACGGUGCCUGAGUUCGGGAGCGGCAACAGAGGGGGCAUAGACACUCUUGAGCAGUCUCGCCGUCGCCUCUGCGUUCCUGUUGACUGUCUCGGUGCCCCCUCCCUUACUCCUCGGUUGCUGGUGAAGAGGCUGCGCGCUGCUGUUUGGGGAGGGGGUGUGUGGAGCCGGGUCCUGAGUCCGCAGUGGCUGCUGUCGGGGGGUCGUCCGACCGCGGAGGUGUGGACAGACUCCUUGGGGGUCGAGCAUAUAACGGGGUUCGGGUGUCUGGUGUGUGAACAUCACAGGUCUAUUCUGGAUAGCAGGUUUUGUGAAGACGUUUAUUCUUUCUUGGACCUCAGAUUUACCAGACAUCUCAUGGGUUUGUGGAUGCACUUAGAUGUUUGCAAUGAGCACUGUGGCUGGCAUGCCCCAGUGUUUUGGAUACCAAUGCAUAGGACUCCAUAGUAAUCGAAUUUACCAGAGGCGAACGUCAUGAGCAUAGUGAUCCCAUUGGGGGUUGAUACAGCAGAAACGUCAUACUUGGAAAUGGCUGCAGGCUCAGAACCAGAAUCUGUAGAAGCUAGCCCUGUGGUAGUUGAGAAAUCCAACAGUUAUCCCCACCAGUUAUAUACCAGCAGCUCGCAUCAUUCACACAGUUACAUUGGUCUGCCCUAUGCGGACCAUAAUUAUGGUGCUCGUCCUCCUCCAACACCUCCGGCUUCCCCUCCUCCAUCAGUUCUUAUUAGCAAAAAUGAAGUAGGCAUAUUUACCACUCCUAAUUUUGAUGAAACUUCCAGUGCUACUACAAUCAGCACAUCUGAGGAUGGAAGUUAUGGUACUGAUGUAACCAGGUGCAUAUGUGGUUUUACACAUGAUGAUGGAUACAUGAUCUGUUGUGACAAAUGCAGUGUUUGGCAACAUAUUGACUGCAUGGGGAUUGACAGGCAGCAUAUUCCUGAUACAUAUCUUUGUGAACGUUGUCAGCCUAGGAGUUUGGAUAAAGAGAGGGCGGUGCUACUACAACGCCGGAAAAGGGAAAAUAUGUCAGAUGGUGAUACCAGUGCAACUGAGAGUGGUGAUGAGGUUCCUGUGGAAUUAUAUACUGCAUUUCAGCAUACCCCGACAUCGAUUACUUUAACUGCUUCAAGAGUUUCCAAGGUUAAUGAUAAAAGAAGGAAAAAAAGUGGAGAGAAAGAACAAAACAUUUCAAAAUGUAAAAAAGCCUUUCGUGAAGGAUCUAGGAAAUCAUCAAGAGUUAAGGGCUCAGCUCCAGAGAUUGAUCCUUCAUCUGAUGGUUCAAAUUUUGGAUGGGAGACAAAAAUCAAAGCAUGGAUGGAUCGAUAUGAAGAGGCAAAUAAUAACCAAUAUAGUGAGGGUGUUCAGAGGGAGGCACAAAGAAUAGCCCUGAGACUGGGCAACGGAAAUGACAAAAAAGAGAUAAAUAAAUCAGAUUUGAAUACCAAUAAUUUGAUCUUCAAACCUCCUGUAGAGAGCCAUAUACAAAAAAAUAAGAAAAUUCUGAAAUCUGCAAAAGAUUUGCCUCCUGAUGCACUUAUCAUUGAAUACAGAGGGAAGUUUAUGUUAAGAGAACAGUUUGAAGCAAAUGGAUAUUUCUUUAAGAGACCAUACCCUUUUGUUUUAUUCUAUUCUAAAUUUCAUGGUCUAGAAAUGUGUGUUGAUGCAAGGACUUUUGGGAAUGAAGCUCGGUUCAUUAGGCGUUCUUGUACACCAAAUGCAGAGGUGAGGCAUGAAAUUGAGGAUGGAACCAUACAUCUUUACAUUUAUUCUAUACAAAGUAUUCCAAAGGGAACUGAAAUUACUAUUGCCUUUGAUUUUGACUAUGGGAAUUGUAAGUACAAGGUGGAUUGUGCAUGCCUCAAAGAAAAUCCAGAGUGCCCUGUUCUGAAACGUAGUUCUGAAUCCACGGAAAACAUCAAUAGUGGUUAUGAGACCAGAAGGAAGAAAGGAAAAAAAGAAAAGGAUAUUUCAAAAGAAAAAGAUACCCAAAAUCAGAAUAUUACUUUGGAUUGUGAAGGGACAGCGAACAAAAUGAAGAGCCCGGAAACUAAACAGAGAAAGCUUUCUCCACUGAGACUAUCAGUAUCAAAUAAUCAGGAACCAGAUUUUAUUGAUGAUAUAGAAGAAAAAACUCCCAUUAGCAAUGAAGUAGAAAUGGAGUCAGAGGAACAGAUUGCAGAAAGGAGAAGGAAGAUGACAAGAGAAGAAAGGAAAAUGGAAGCAAUUCUGCAAGCUUUUGCCAGACUUGAAAAAAGAGAGAAAAGAAGAGAACAAGCUUUGGAAAGGAUCAGCACUGCCAAAACUGAAGUUAAAACUGAAUGUAAAGAUGCGCAGAUUGUCAGUGAUGCUGAAGUUAUUCAGGAACAAGCAAAAGAAGAAACUGCUAGCAAGCCAACUCCUGCCAAAGUAAAUAGAACUAAGCAGAGAAAAAGUUUUUCUCGGAGUAGGACUCACAUCGGACAGCAGCGUCGGAGACACAGAACUGUCAGCAUGUGUUCAGAUAUCCAACCAUCUUCUCCUGAUAUAGAAGUUACUUCACAACAAAAUGAUACUGAAAAUACUGUACUUGCAAUAGAACCAGAAACUGAAACUGCACUAGCAGAAAUAAUUACUGAAACUGAAGUUCCAGCACUUAAUAAAUGUCCAACAAAGUAUCCCAAAACAAAAAAGCACUUGGUCAAUGAAUGGUUAAGUGAGAAGAAUGAGAAGACAGGAAAACCUUCAGACACCCUUUCAGAAAGGCCUCUGCGCAUAACUACAGAUCCUGAAGUGUUAGCUACACAGCUCAAUUCUUUACCGGGUCUCACUUAUAGUCCGCAUGUAUACUCUACUCCUAAGCACUACAUUAGAUUCACUUCACCAUUCCUUUCAGAAAAAAGGAGAAGAAAAGAACCUCCUGAAAACAUUUCUGGCUCAUGCAAGAAGCGGUGGUUGAAACAAGCUCUGGAAGAAGAAAACUCAGCAAUUUUACACAGAUUUAAUUCACCCUGUCAAGAAAGAUCCAGAAGUCCUACAGUCAAUGGUGAAAAUAGAAGUCCACUACUAUUAAAUGAUAGCUGUUCUCUUCCAGAUUUAACUACACCACUAAAAAAACGAAGACUCUAUCAGUUACUAGAUUCUGCUUACUCAGAAACCUCCACACCUACUCCUUCACCAUAUGCUACCCCAACUCACACAGAUAUUACUCUUACGGAUCCAUCAUUUGCCACUCCUCCACGGGUAAAGUCAGACGAUGACGCUUGUAGAAAUGGUUAUAAGCCCAUUUAUUCACCAGUUACCCCAGUAACUCCUGGCACACCGGGAAAUACCAUGCACUUUGAGAAUAUUUCUUCCCCAGAAAGUUCUCCAGAAAUUAAGAGACGCACUUACAGUCAAGAGGGCUUUGACAGAUCUUCAACCAUGUUAACAUUGGGGCCUUUUAGAAAUUCUAAUUUAACUGAACUCGGUCUGCAAGAAAUAAAGACUAUUGGUUAUACCAGCCCUAGGAGUAGGACUGAAGUCAGUAGGCAGUGCCCUGGAGAAAAGGAAUCUGUGUCAGACCUUCAACUGGGACUCGAUACAGUCGAGCAAGCUGCCUUACAUAAAACCAUGGAAACACCUGCACAUGAUAGGACUGAGUCUAACAGCCAACUGGAAUCUGCUCACUCUGGACGGGGCCCAAUAUAUUCUUCCUGGGUAAAGAGUCCUGACAGAACAGGAGUUAACUUCUCAGUAAACUCCAACUUGAGGGACCUGACACCCUCACAUCAGUUGGAGGUUGGAGGAGGCUUCCGAAUAAGUGAGUCAAAGUGCCUGAUGCAGGAUGAUACUAGAGGCAUGUUUAUGGAAACACCUGUGUUUUGUACUUCAGAAGAUGGGCUUGUAUCUGGUUUUGGACGGACUAUUAAUGACAGUUUGAUCGACGGAAGUUGCACACCCCAGAAUCCACCACAAAAGAAAAAGGUUUCUCUAUUAGAAUACCGGAAAAGACAACGUGAAGCUAGGAAGAGUGGCUCUAAGGCAGAACACUUUCCACUGGUUAAUGUAUCACCUCACACAAGUGGAAACCUGAGUAGCAGCAAUGCUGAUGGGCGUGCCAACGGGAGUGCAAAUGGGGAGCAGGUAGAAAGCAAUGCUAGCCUACCUUUACCAACGCCAGCUACAGUUCAUAAUGCUACUUUGGAAGAGGCCAGCAAUAACUGUCCUGUUAAGGAAGCUUCUGCCAGUGAAAAGAAUGAACCAGAAGUCCAAUGGACCGCCUCAACUUCAGUGGAGCAAGUGCGAGAGAGGAGUUAUCAGAGAGCUUUACUACUCAGUGAUCACCGAAAAGAUAAAGAUAGUGGGGGAGAGUCACCAUGUGUCCCAUGUUCACCGAUUCAUGUUCCGUCUUCACCUUCAUCUCAUUCAAAUCACAUUCCCCAGUUGCAACCCAAGGGCCCAGUCCCUUCUUUCAGUGAACUUAUGGAAGAUCCUGAUCCUGAAAAUCCAGAACCCACGACUACAAGUGAAUGUGCAUCCCCAGAUACUUCCCAAAAUACUUGUAAAAGCCCUUCAAAAAUGAGCAAGCCUGGUUCACCAGGACCUGUAAUCCCUGUCCAGCCACAUGGGAAAAUACUCACAAAGCCAGAUUCCCAUUGGGAGGGAACAGUUACUGGGUCAGAAGCUGAGAGCGGUGUCCACCUGAAAACAGAACUCCAUCAAAAACAGCUGUCAAGUAACACCCAGGCCCUUUCAAAGAAUCACCCUCCACAGCCACUGGCGCGCAGUUCAUCCGAGCAACUUGCACAGAAGCUGCCUUCUGCGCCCGUGAAGCUGCACUGUCCUCCAUCACCUCACGUAGAAAAUCCUCCAAAGUCAUCGACGCCUCACACGCCUGUACAGCACGGUUAUCUUUCACCAAAGCCUCCUUCACAGCAGUUAGGCUCUCCCUACAGGCCUCACCAUUCUCAGUCACCUCAAGUUGGAACCCCUCAGCGAGAGCCUCAGAGGAAUUUUUACCCAGCAGCACAGAACCUUCAAGCCAGUACACAGCAGGCACCUUCUGGAGCACUGUUUCCACAGACGCCCUCAGGACAGUCUUCGGCAGCAUACAGUCAGUUUAACCAGCAGAGCCUGGGCAGCACGGCACCGCCCCCUCCACCCCCUCCGCCCCCUUCCUCUUCCUCUUACUAUCAAAACCAGCAGCCCUCCGCAAACUUUCAGAACUAUAGUCAGCUGAAAGGCAGUCUUUCCCAACAAACUGUGUUUACAUCAGGACCAAAUCAAGCACUUCCUGGCACCACAGGCCAGCAAGCCGUCCCGGGACACCACGUUACUCCAGGGCACUUUCUGCCCUCGCAGAACCCUCCCGCUCACCAUCAGACUUCCGCUGCUGUAGUCCCCCCGCCGCCUCCCCCGCCUCCCGCUCCAGGACCACACCUCGUCCAGCAACAGCCACACUCCGUAGCACAUGGCGUGGGGCCUGUUCAUGCUGUCACCCCUGGGUCCCACGUUCACUCUCAAACUGCUGGACACCAUCUGCCACCACCCCCUCCCCCUCCCGGCCCCGCCCCGCAUCACCAUCCACCGCCCCAUCCCCCCACAGGACUCCAAGGUCUGCAAGCACAACAACACCAGCAUGUGGUGAACUCAGCCCCUCCACCACCCCCUCCUCCUCCGCCUUCCAGUGUUUUGCCUUCUGGGCAUCAUACCCCAUCGGCUCAAGCCUUACACCACCCACCUCAUCAAGGACCUCCACUUUUUCCUUCAAGUGCUCAUCCAGCUGUACCACCGUAUCCCUCACAAGCUACACAUCACACCACUCUGGGACCGGGACCCCAACACCAGCCUUCUGGAACAGGGCCACAUUGUCCAUUACCAGUUGCAGGUCCUCAUCUCCAGCCCCAAGGACCAAACAGUAUUCCCACACCUACCGCUUCAGGGUUCUGUCCUCAUCCUGGCUCUGUGGCCCUGCCACAUGGGGUUCAAGGACCUCAGCAGGCAUCUCCAGUGCCUGGACAGAUUCCAAUUCACAGAGCACAGGUGCCACCAACAUUUCAGAACAAUUACCAUGGUUCAGGGUGGCAUUAAAAUGGACUCCAAAAACAUUUUUUAAAAUGUUCUGUAAGAUAAACUGUAUAUUUCAUAUGUACCUGUUAAGGUACUUUUUAAAGCUUGUACAU